AUGGCCGUCGGCGCGCGGUUUUGCCUGGUCCGUGGAUCAGAAAGUUUACUUUUUAGGACGUUUCAACCUGAGUCGUCGUGUAACAGCCGGACCCCGUGCGCAACUGGUCGUUGUGGGGCCGCCGCUUUGCAAAGCUACAGUGCCACCAACCCCAAUCCUAGGUGCUUCUCGAAACCAGCCGCCGCCGCGGACAGCCAUCCACUAUCCUCCCAGGGCAGUGGAAGGAUGUGGUGGCUCCGGCUAACCAGCGAUAGAAGAUGCUGGCCUGGAGUUCCUGUUGGAUGUUGUCGACAGGUUUCCAGUCCGGGGAGAGUUUGGGACAGCUUGGACCAACCAGAUCUGGUUCCUCUGGCGGUCCUUCCGCGGAUUGCUGACACGAGCGCUGAGCCGGCUCACUCGAAUGCCGGCUACUGGUGCGGCCAGCGUGUUGGCGGCGCUAGCCAGGGUAGGCCGCAGGGCGACGGGCGCCGGCGGCGGGAGGCAGUCGGCAGAGUCGACAGACAGGGUGAAUCCGGAGGCGCCUGGAUGGACAAAAAGAUUACAUCUUGGGAGUGCGCUGCCGGACAGAAAACAGUGUCCAUCUUGGAUGAGUGCCCUAGAGCAGUCAACUCGCAAGUAUGCAGAGGAAGCGACGAAAAGUGUAGUUUGUCCUGAACUAUGUCUUAGUUUCUACUCACUUGGCGAGGCGUACGACUUGUACAAUAUGUAUUCCUGAGAGAUCGGAUUACGGAUAAGGUAUGACAAGCGCCCUGUAAUGGUGUCAAUCCUCCAAGGCUCCAACCCCCAGGUUUGGCUU